AUGACUGUGACUUACACCGAAGAUAUGCUCGCUGGUGACCUUCUCUCGGGAGACUCAAUAGAUGCGUUCUUGGGCUUCCAAUAUGAUUACCUCAUUCUAGGCGGGGGUACUGCAGGCCUGGUAGUUGCAGCUCGACUCAGUGAAGACCCAAGCGUGAAUGUUGGGGUGAUUGAAGCUGGACAAGACCAGAGGAGCAAUCCAAUGGUGACGUGCCCUGCCUUUAGCCCUCAGAUGAUUGGUCGACCUGAGUAUGACUGGCUACAUAAAACAAUCCCGCAACGAGGGAAUGGUGGUAAAGUCCACGCACAAUGCAGAGGAAAGAUGGUAGGCGGAUCAAGCGCCAUCAACGCGAUUCAGCUCAUGUACGUACGAGGUUCGCGUGCCGACUACGAUAAUUGGUCUGCCUUUGGAAAAGGUUGGUCAUGGGCAGAAAUAUCGCCAUAUUUUACAAAGCAUGAAGCGCUAGAUGGCACGAACACCCGUACCAAAGAAGACAAGCCUUUUAUGCCAUUUUAA